AAAGCUUAAGUCAUUGAAGAGCUCUCGCCGGAUCAAAUCAUAACACAAGUUCGACCGGAUUUGAACGUAUGUUUACAGUGUAGAAGUUAAUUUCGAGGAUAUUACUCAGUGACAGCAGAUUUCAUUUGUACAAUUCGUUGUGCGAAAGGUAAUUUUGCAAUGCCACACCAAAAGCACGGCAAAAAUGCGCGUCAACACGGUGCACGCGCGGAUGCAAAUAACAACGUGCAGGAUCAUGCGCCGGUUGUAAACAACAAUGGUGGCCAACCACAACCGCAUGGCCACGGGCAAAGAAUGCAGAAAUGUUGCGCUCCCGGCGUGUGUCCUGUGAAAGAGGAACUGAUCGAUACCGAUGAUAUACACGACGAAGUAAGGGUCGUCUGCAACAACGAAGCCUGUGAUCUUGGGAAUUGGAUGCACAAGAGUUGUUUUGACGGCUUUGAAGAGUCGGUGCUCUCCUACCUGAGAUCGUGCGGUCGUGCACGUAGCUGGAGCGAAAAACAGCGCCUUCAAAACCUGUGGACUAAAAAGGGGUAUGACCUUGCAUUCAAAGCAUGUGAUUGCAACUGCGCAAAAGGUCAUCUACGCAAGGAUUUGGACUACAUUCCCCCAGUCCGAAACGACAACGCUGGCAAAAAGAAGUCAAAGAAAAAGUCUUCAACAGACACAGCAAAACCAGCGUUGAACAAUGGGGUUCACGUGGGGGCACAUGUGCCACCACCUGCUUCUGUAGCAAGGGAACGUCGGCCAUCUGGAAACAAUAACACCAACAUGAACCAUAAUACCACUGCUCCAAAGCCCCUUCCAAGGAAAGUUGAUAAUGCUGAUAAGAAUGGCAAUGCUGUGCUACACGAGUCUAAAAAUGGAGUGGUGAGUCAUAUACGAAAGACUUCCCCUAGCAUUACUAUUCUGAACAAUCGCAAUGUCAAUGAUGACCGACUACGUGCCAACAGUAUAUCCAGCACUGGAAGUAGUCCACCUAACUCUGCCUCUUCCACUUCGGGAUCUAACUCACCUGUGCCUUUACAGACCACCUCAACUCAAAGGACUGCACUGAAGAGUAAGUUUGAGUUCACCGAGCAUGUGCCUAGCCCAUCGUCGAGCCCUGCUAAUGGCCUGACGGCUGCAAACCUGUUUCGAAAGAGAAUGGACCUGUCCGCCUUCAGUAUGCUCCCGAAACACAAGCAGAACCCCUACCAUAUAAAGAUGGAGGAUGAUGGAUUGGCGGGUGUAGAUGAGGUCCACUCCUUUGUGCUGAACCAUCUUAGCAAUUGCAAGAUAUCCACUCUGAACUGUGUUCUGUGCAAGAAUGAACUAUGCAUAUUUGAGAAAUACCCAUUGAUUGAUGGAACACUGUUCCUUUCACCACAAGCCUAUGACAGUCGAGCGAUUCAAGCAAUCUCAGAGGGCCGCCUUCAAUAUAUCAACGCUGUUUGCGUCACUUGCCUUGAAGGAGCCAACGAUAUCCGAUGUGCAGCCUGUAAGCAUAGGUGGGAUGGUAGCUCACUCUUGCUAGGGUCCAUGUAUUCGUAUGAUAUCUUUGCUGCGAUGCCAUGUUGUCAGAAGAGGCUUACAUGCAAGCAUUGCCGGAGAGCAGUUGUGGAUGUGUCGUGUGGUCUACCAUACUUCAGCGAGUAUAGUCACAUGAUUCCUUGUCCAUAUUGCAGGGCCUAUGAUUAUCACUUCAUUAGGCCACUGAGUGAAACCUUCGCCAUCAAAAUGUCUAUAUGGCAUUGAAUGGAUAGCUUUUCCUACAGGAUUGUAUAAACCAAGGGCAUCAUGUGUAUUUUUUUACUGUGAACUUUUCAGAGCAGCUUAAUCAUGUAAUGUAUUCUGUGUUUUAAAAUGAUGAUUUGUGUAUUUUUACAGUUCAAGCGUGAAAGUGAUGUAACAUACUUAAGAGUGAUUUUUUGUUUUGUUGGUUUUAUGUCUUGUCUGUUUGAAAUUUUGGAGUUAGUGAGGUGCUAAGUGUAGUUUAUGUUUGUUGUAUUCUUUGCUCUGUAUAACAAUUUUGUGGAGAAAACAAAACAAAAAGCUGUAAAAUCCAAUUUUGCUCUGUGCCAUAUGUAACGAAUUGUAUGUAUUUCUAGAUUUAUCUUUUUCAUAUUACUCUUGUCACAUUUAAUUCAUGAUAUUUGCAAAACUCCCAGCUACUUACCCUCCUGAGUUGAAUAACCUCAUAAAAGCUCAAAGCAUUCAAUAAAAGUUAAUUUAAUUCUCUUACUAAAUUAUGUUACAUGUAUGAUGUAUUAUUCUCCUGCACAAGCGAGUAGUAAAGGUGUAUAGUUGUUUCAGUUUGUCCAUCUGUCUUCAGCUAAGGGUUUUUCCUUUCCAGAGCACAUCCUGAAACCAUUUCUUAUGCUCAUCUAUUGUUAUAAUUAUUUUCCUCUUUAGAUAGUAUUUGUGCUUAAAUUUUGAAUGGAGCGUAUGACAAAAGCUAAAACUUAUCAACUUGAAAACUUUAUAGCAGCUGCAGUGUUUUGAAUUACAUGUAGCAUACAUUCAUAAAUGUUUAAUUAUUAAAAGUCUGCACAAUUAUGCAGUUUGAUUCAUUAAUGUCCAAAGUUUUAUAUUGUUUGAUGAUGUAAUAUUAAUGCAAAGCUUGCAGUGCUUUAUGAAUUCCUCUUUGAUCUGAUAAAUAUGUACACAUUUGCAUUAAUUUAAGGAAUGUGUCUUUGUGUUAAAAAAAGAAAACUCAUUGAUAACAAAGAAUGCUUGAAAAGCAUUAAAUAAAGAAAUCAUUUAAAUACAGGCUCAGAGACCAGCUAUUUAUAGAUUGCAUAAACUUUGAUAACCCAUAGUGAUUAGUGACCUGAUUGUUGUGUUGUCACAUUUCAGUUGUUUUUUACUUAAGCUUGUAUUUGCAAUGCAAGGUCAAGUUUGCAGUGUUUUGUGGCAAUAGUUUGCUGUGCUUUUAGAAACACGAUACAUGAAGCAACUUUGGUUACAAUUGAAAACUUAGUUGUUUAGUUAUUUUUUUUCCAGUGCUCAACCAUAAACAUUGAUUUUUUUAUCUGGCAAACAUAGUUUUAUUAUUUAUAGUUUUAAUGUAUAUUGAAUUAACAAAAACUACUAAAAUGUUAGAGAAUAACUAAAAUUCAUUAUUUAUACAUCACUGUCAUGCUAUUGGGAUUCAUUUUCUUAAUGUUUGAAUUUGUUUAAUAAGCUAUAUGAUUUUCAGUUUUUCAGCUGUAGUACAGAAAAGUUUCCUGUUGUUUUUUUUUGUUUUUAUCAAGCAUACCUCAGAUUAAUGAUUCAAUUAGCACAGCUGCAUGUACAGCUGCAUGUUUUAUUGCCUUGCGGAUUAGAACAUAGCCUUGGCUUUGACCUUUUUACAGCAGUUACUGGUCUUAUCUAUGUCACAUGUAACUUAAGACUUAAGUUACAUGUGACAUAGAUAAGACCAGUAACUUAAAGUAGUUAUUUGUAACCAACUUAUUUUCUUUUCUCAUUGCUUUCUUUUAGCAGUAGAUUUUUUAGCUUUUUGCCAGAGUCUUCCUGUAGUAGAAGUACAGAAAAAUAGAUCAAACUAUGUCCUUAAGACUCCAGUUGACUAUUUGCUUCUUUUUGUGUUUGAAUUAAAAUUAUGGCCUGCUCUUGUUUAGUUGAAAAAGCAUUCAUUGAAACUUUAUCUUGUUUUGGUGUAUUGAAUGUUGACAUGUGAAUGAGCAAAGAUUUUUUUUUAUGAAAGUAAGACUAUCAAAGAUUUAUGUUAUUAUGCAAUACUAUGUCUUUCAUGGUAUUUUUCACUGAAAGGUUUGCCUGCAAAAGUGAGCAUGUUUACCCAAUAAGUGAUUAUUAUUUAUCUUGCUUUCGAAACAUUUCAAUUUUUGUCCAUUAUUCUCCAAAGAAAUUAAUACCUUUUAAAACAAAUUCAAAUGUGAGAAAUUGAGAUAUUUACAAUUCUUAAUCUACCCAAUAACUUCUUACAAUGUCGGAAAGAAAUAUCUAAAAUGGUUAAGUGAACAAUUUAGUUUUGUUGUCCAAACUUGAAGAGAAAUACAUUCAAACUGAAAGCGUGCAAGUUUAAAUUAUUCUAUGUGUGGGUCGCUAAGUCUGUGUGUUUCUUUCUUAAGAUAAAGCCCUUUUUGGCAGCUUCUAUAAGGUUUUAAUUGAUCGUAGACACCUAUCCCCAUUUGGCCAGUUUUUUUAGCUCACCUGAGCACGAAGUGCUCAUGGUUAGCUAUUUAGAUCAACCAUUUGUCUGGCAUCUAGCGUCAUUGGGCCAAAACUAUUAGCUUGUUAUUGCUUUAAAGGCCAAAUAUUUUCAUCCAACCUCAAUGACACUUUUCAGAAUGUUGUAAUGAAAAUGUCUAUGCCAAGUUUGAAUCUGGGGCACAUGUGUCCUAAAACUAGGUCACCAGGUCAAAUCUUAGAAAAACCUUGUUAGCACUCAAUAAGCCACAGUUACUGCUCAAUCUUGAUGAAACUUGGUCAAAAUGUAAACUUGAUAAUAUAAAGGCAAAAUUCGAAUCUGGGAAAUGUGCAUCAAAAGACUAGGUUACAAGGAAAAAACUGAGAAAAUCCGUGUAACUAGUCUCUAGAGGCCACAUUUUUUUAUAAUUAAAAUGCAGCCAGAAUCUGAAACUGGUAGUGCAUCUCAAAGUCAGGUUACUAGGUUAGUUGGUAGAAAAACCUUGUUAUCACUGUACAUGCCCCAUAUAUAACAUUAUCUUGAUAAAACUUGGUCAGAAUAUUUAUCCUGACAAUGUCUAGGCCAAGUUCAAACCUGGGUUGAUAUGCACAAAUACUGUCACCAGGUCAAUUGUAAAAAAAACGUUGUCAUCACUCAUCACGCUAGAUGGCACAUUUAUUGCUUAGUCUUGAUGAAACUGGUCAGCAUGUUUAUCUUUACAAUAUCUAAGCCUGUUUUGAAUCUGGGUCACAUUGGUCCAAACACUAGGUCAUAUCUUAGGAAACCAGUGUACCCCCCCCACCGGCGUCCAGGGAAUCUUGCUAGUUUCGUCAGUCUCUUUUUUUAGAACUCAGGUGAGCUCUUGAGGUCCAUUAUGGCACAUUUUUUUUAUGUUUUUGUUCUUAGUAUUUUUAAUGUUAUGACGUCUGAGCAGUAAGGAAAAUAUAAUUAUGAACAUUAUGCCAAUAUGUUGAGUUUGUCAAACAAUAGCAGAAUUUUUACGAUUCAUUAUUUCUGAAAGAGAAUGUCAACUGGCACAGAGUGUAUUUUUAGAAAUAUUUAAAAACACUGCACAUUCUUGUGGUGUAAAUCUGUUACAAGAUUUGGCAUCAAAACAAUUUAUCUAUUUGAAUAUGCAGCUAUCAUGAUGAACUGGUUUAAACUGGCAUCUAUUCAGCUUAUUGAAGACUGCCUUAUCAACUAUCUUAAGCAAAUCCUUUGUUUGGUGCCACAAAACAAUCCUUUGAUAUCCAAACAUAAUAACAGAACCUAUAUAAAGCAACUGGGGUCAAAUUUCUUUUUAGGGUGAUCUGCUUAAAUCUUUUGAAGUGUGAACUGAAAUAUGUGAGGUUAUAUUUUUGGUGCAGCAUUGAUCAGUUCUGCCUCAAGGCCGUUUAGAAAGUUAUUAAAAAUGCAAUAUCUUUUCUUUAAUAAGUCAUUCAAACUUUAUGCAGACAUUGGUAUAUCUUUUAUAACUCUCUUUACCAUAAUGUGUAGAAUUGCAGAUUUUGAUUCUUUAAUAGAUUGUUUGUUAUUUGAUGUUUAAUCUGAAAGUUUUUAACUAAGAAUUCUUUUCUGUAUGCCAUGUAUUUAUUUUUAUAACAUUAUUAAUGUUAAGUUAAACCUAAUUUAGUUGCAUAAUAUAUAACCUAUGAAUAAUAAAUGUAAACAAGCCAUAAUUAUUCAACAUGUGUUUCUGUUACUAACUUAAACUGAGUACACAAUAAAUACAAUAAGGCCAUUGACUAUAAGUUAUAGUUGGAAGACCUUAUAAUGUUUCAGAACAAACACCACUUGUGUUUUAGAAGAUUGAUGAUGUUUACGUCUCACUCUUUCCACUGCUCUGUUUAAUGUCAUUAUUGAUUGCCCUCUGCCCUUUAUAAAUGCUGGUUUUGAUGAUGUUUGCUUGUUUUAUCAUAUAAACUAAUGUAAUUAUUAUUCUAAACACAGUCAGUGUAAAAGGCGAUUUUCAAAUGUGCUAGAAGCUAUGUGAUUAUUGAUUUUGUUAUUGCUGUUUACUUUUUGUGCAUGUUUUUGGGAAAACUUGUAACAUUGUUCAAUCUUUGGCGUUUUAAUGUUUGUUCUAGAUCACUAUUAAUUAAUUUUAUUUUGUUUGUUUGGGUUUGUUUCAAUGUCUGUUCUAGUGUAAUAAUGUUCGUUUCCUAUGGAUAAUACUCCCACACUUCAUGCUGCUGUGUAUACUACAUCAAUACCUCCUUCAAAGUGAUGUUUUAAUGUUGUAAAACAGUAUGUGUUCAUUUUUUAUUGGAAACUUGAUGUUUUAGUGUAAAGAGGCAGUAGUCUAAGUGUUUCUAAUGUGGGUAAAUCAUUCCAUGAUUAAAUUUAAAAUAAAAAAUACUAGUUUUGAGAGUACAUGUACAUUAUUGUGUAAACUCCAGGACUUGCAGAUGUGUUGCCCUAUGAACAUUUUAUUCUAUUGCUUGUGUAUUGAUUUACUGGUUUUAACAAUGUGUUUUAUUUUUCAACUUUUAAAUAGUUUUAUUAUUUGUCAAACAUUUAAUGUUAAUGUCAUGGAAAUACCAUUCUACUGACUUUAUACUGGUUUUGUAUGCUUAUUUACGGUAUUAUGUUAAAAUGUCGCCAUUAAAUAAAUCACAUGUAUGUUCACCCGUGUUGGCACAUUUAUGUAUCUAUGAAGUUGGAGAUAUGAUACAAUUUAAAAGCCGUUGUAUGAUUUUUGAGUUUAGUUGAAUUUCACUGUAAUGUAUGCAAUAUGUAUAUUCGUAAAACAAUAUUACGCCAUUUAUUAACUUUGUUUUUGUUAACAUUAAGAGAAGAAAGACGGCAUCACAGGUUAUGUAAAUAACAACUAAAAUAAGUUGUUUCCACAUAAGUUUAUGUUCACAUCAGCUGAUGUUAGUUUUUGUUUUCAUGAGGUAUGAAACAUGUAAAUACAAUAUAAACUCGCAUAGAUUUUGUUGCCGAACAGCAUUCUCGAUAAAAAACGAGACAUGCACUAGUUGUGCUUUUUUGUUUGUUAAAUGCAUGUGAGAUUGUUAAGCGACAGCGAAUUCGGUAUGCUUAUUAAUCGUUUUAGCCUGAACAUUACGUCUUCAAGUAAUGUAAAACCUGUAGGAAAACUAUGGAGUUGACAUGAUGUCGCUUUUUAUUUCUCUUGUUACAUUUCAUUAUAUAUCCAGUACUGGUUUCUGCUCUGUAAUUGCAUAAAAUAAGAAAUUGCUUUAGUCUGUUUGAUACGCAGACUUGUAUUAUUGUUUGUUUAUGCAUGAUGUUCAUAAAUGUAAUGUUAAAACCCCAAGGGAAACUGCGUUUUUGCAAAACAAUUGCACAGUACCAUGUAAAUGUUAAUGUAUGAUGCUGUUUUAGCAUGAUAUUGCGAAUGAUUGCUCUGACAUUGGCGAACUUUGGUGCAAGACAUGUUUAUUAUGCUCGUCUGCUUUUUUCUGUCUCUUUCAAGGUUUAUUGUUUUGUAUUACUCUGUACUGUAUCGUUCUAAAUAAAGUUUCGAUGAAGGA